GCAUCAACUCUUCUCCAGCCUGUAACUUGACGGCAACUAGUCAACUGCUGUCUUCACUAGUCGCAUUCUCUAAUUAUUGAUUCUGAUCGAUCAAAUUUUAUGCAGAAGCAAAAUUCCUAAUGAAGCUGACGAGCUUACGGCCCGCUUAAAAGAGAUGGAAAAGACGGCCAACAACUCUCAUCAAAUUCGAACAGAACAGUUAAACUGUAAUUCAGAUGAUGACUCGGAAGCUCAACACGGUCCCGAAAUCACGCAGUUUCCCAUCUCUCCCAACUCUCUUCAAGAGUGGUUUUACUCCAACUCUAGGAGACUACAAUCAAUGCCUUCUGUUCAUCUCUCGAACCAAAAAGUUCAGCGCAGUAAUCCUAUUAGUCUCUCAAAUGCUGUCAAACAAGCUCAAAAUGAACUCGUUAACUCAGACAAUCCUCACAAGAGCGCUCCUCCGAGACCAACAAAUUGAACUAGCAGUUAUUUUUGCCAAGACCCAAAUUGUGAAAAGUUGCAAUAACUAUUACCGAACUCAAAUCUUGGAUUCUCUUGUUCAGGGCCUCUCUAUGACAGAACCUGAAAUGGCACUUUCUAUUCUGAGGGAUUGUUUGAAAAUUGGUGGUAUUACGCCUUCUUCUUGUACUAUUUAUUCGCUACUUUAUCGUUUUUGUUAUCUAGGAAUGAUGGAUGGAGUUACUCAGGUGUUAAAGAUGACGAGUGAUGAGACAAUGCAGCACUCUAUUGAUAAUUUUUUAUGCAACUAUGUGAUUUGUGCUUUUGUCACUGUUGGCAAGCCAGGACUUGCUCUAAAGUUCUAUGAUAAUGCUGUAAACUCGGGUUCUUUGAAACCUAAUGUUUUCACUUAUACUUCUCUAAUGAGUGCAUAUUAUAGACUAGGUAGGAUUAGCGAUGCCUGGAGUUUGGUCAAAAUUAUGGGGAUAGAUGGCUUAGAACCAGAUACCAUAUUUUACAGUAAUUGGAUGUAUGGGUACUCUAGGGAAGGAAAGGUUCAUGAUGCUUUAGAAAGAUACAGAGAAAUGGUUGAGGCAGGCAUGGAAUUGGACAUAGUAAGUUAUACAAUACUUAUAGAUGGAUUUUCAAAGGAAGGGUUUGUGGAGAAAGGAGUAGGAUUCUUGUACAAGAUGAGGAAGGACGGUUUAGAACCCAAUUUAGUCACUUAUACUGCAGUUAUGAAAGGAUUCUGCAAGAAGGGAAAAUUAAAUGAGGCAUUUUCAGUGCUUAAGGUGGUUGAGAAUCUAGGGUUUGAAUUGGAUGAAUUUCCCUAUGUAAUACUUAUUGAUGGGGUGUGUAGGGAUGGCGAUUUUCACCGUGCUUUUGAGCUUCUUGAUGAAAUGGAGAAGAAGGGUGUAAAGCCUGGUGUUGUCACAUAUAAUGCCAUCAUCAAUGGAUUGUGCAAAGCAGGGAGGACAACCGAGGCUGAUGAUUUUUCUAGAGGCAUAGUAGGAGAUGUUAUCACGUACACUACACUGUUACAUGGGUACAUUCAAGAAGGAAAUUUCAUGGGGAUAUUAGAAACUAGGAGAAGACUGCAGACAGCUGAUGUGUGUUUGGACGUUGCCAUAUGCAAUGUGUUGAUUAGAGGAUUGUUUAUGAUGGGUUUAUUAGAGGAUGUGCGUUCUGUAUAUAAUGGAAUGCAAGAUUCAGGUUUGGAGGCAAAUAUUAUUACUUACUCAACCAUGGUUGAUGGAUAUUCCAACGCUGACCAGAUGGAUCUGGCACUUGAGAUAUUUGAUCAAUUCCGGAAGAAAGAUACUUCUUCAGCAGCAUGUCACCAUUGCAUUAUUUAUUGGCUAUGUAAAAAGGGUUUUGUUGAUGUUGCAGUUGAGGUUUUGAUGGAACUGGUAGAAAGAAAUAUUGGCUUGAGUGCCACUGUUAACAUAAUGGUCAUUAAGACUAUAUUUCGAGACAAAGGUGCAGAAGGAGUACUGGAGUUAAUUCAAAGAUUGGAACAUGUCGUGCAUGAUAUAUAUGAUCUAAUAUGCAAUGAUGCAAUUAUGUUCCUAUGCAAGAGUGGGGCAUCAGAGGCGGCCUUCUACGGUUUAAUAAAAUUAAAGAGUAAAGGAUCAACUGUGAAAUGCAAGACUUACUACCUAAUUCUUAAAGCACUUCUUCAUGAUGGAAAGAUUUGUAUGAGUCGGCAAGUUUUGACAUUUUUUAUAAAAACGUAUGGGAUUUUUGACGUCAUGGUAAACAAGAUACUAGUUCAUGUCUUAUGCAUGGAUGAUGUAAACCGUGCCCUCAGCUUUUUUUCUAAGGGAUCAUUCCCUGUUGAGUUUCCUGUAGCAGUUUUAAAGACCCUGACAAAAAAUGGCCAAGCUUUUGAUGCCUAUAGGCUUAUAACUGAAGCAAGAAAUAGUCUGCCUUUCAUGGACGUGGUUGAUUACUCAAUGGUGAUUGAUGGCCUUUGCAAAGGAGGUCAAAUUAUAUUGGCACUAAAUCUUUGUGAUUUUGCUAUGAGCAAGGGAGUUACCCUGAGUGUUGUAACAUACAACUCAGUUAUACAUGCGCUGUGCCGUCAUGGUUGUCUCCUUGAAGCAUUUCGGUUAUUUGAUUCCUUGGAGAAGAUUGAUAUUUAUCCUUCAGUAAUCACAUAUGGCACACUCAUUGCUACACUAUCAAGAAUGGGCCUUGUACAAGAUUGCAUGAUGUUGCUUGAGAGGAUGUUGCUCAAGAACAUUCCUUUAAAUAUCCAUAUUUAUAACUCCAUAAUUAGUGGGUAUAUUAGACUAGGUGAAGUACAGAAAGCUAUGGAUCUUUUCUGUGAUGUGGAAGUAAAGGGUCUCAAACCAAAUGAAUUUACAGUAAGUGCAGUUAUUAAUGGAUGCUGCCAAAAAGGUGACAUGGAGGGAGCUCUUCAAUUGUUUGCUGAAUUUAAAGAGAAAAACAUAUCACCUGAUUUUGUAGGUUUUAUGUGCUUGAUUAGGGGGCUAUGUGCUAAGGGAAGGAUGGAAGAAUCUAGAUGCAUUUUAAGAGAAAUGCUUCAAAAUCAACAUGUAAUCAGUACACUUGACAGAGUUGAAGCUGAAACACAAGCCGAGUCUAUACAAAGUUUUGUUUCUUUGUUAUGUGAACAAGGUAGCAUCCAGGAGGCUGUUGAUAUUCUUAAUGAAGUCGGAUGCAUAUAUUUUCCUGUGGAAAAGGAGUUUACUUCAUUGAAUAUAUCAGAAAAGCUAAAGGAGCCAUCUGAUAUGAAAGCUUUUGAUAGUGUUGAAUUCAAAAAAAGUGCUUUAGAAAGCAAAACAUGCAAUGAAGGGCAAUUGGAAACAGAUUUGGGAAAUGCUGCUAGCCUAGAUACUGAUAUAUUCCAUUUGGUGAACUUUGAUACUUACUAUUCUUUGAUUGCUCUCCAUUGUUCUAAGGGGAAUUUCAGUCAAGCAAAUAUACUGGCAAGAAGUAUCAUGAGUUCUUUAUCAUGAGUAACAAGAUUGUUUGGCUACCUUGGUAUGGCCAAAAGUUUUGGUGCUUUGUCAUUUUUAUAAACCUCAGAAGAAUAUAAUGUGGCAGAAGCAGGUAUGUUCUGUGCUCUUUUCAAAAUUUUGUCAGUUUCCUUAUCAUUUGCUUUUAUAAGCUAUAAGUCUAUCACUGGUUUCGGAAUGAAUUUAAUAAUUGAUAAUAGGCUCUCGGCUCCCCUGUGCUCUUUCAAGUCUAUAGCUCUGGUAGUAAUUAAAUGGUUUCCCUUUAUUUUGCUGAUUUUCAUUCAUUUUCUCCGACUUUAUCAUAAAGCUCCCAUAUUUUGGGCUUUUUAUCGUGGGCAUGGUGAUGUACAAUCAGAUGCUGAAACUUUAGUAGAGGGUACUCCCCCCAUCACUUAAUAAGAGCACACAUUUACUUUGCAAGAAGAUUUAGGAAAAAUUGUGUGGUUGAGAUACAAUUACAGGAGAGAAGCAAUAUUAACCACAUAAUGAUUUUCUUAAAAGGAAAUCGGAUAUAAUUUUUUUGCAAGGAAAGAGGUGUAUUAUUGAUAGAAAAACUCAGGAUUACAAUCGUUUAUAAGAAACAUAUUAAUCUGAGACGGCGAAUCAAGCAGUAAGAAACCCCCUUCCGAACCUUUGUUAGCUAAUUGGGCUAGUUCAUGCGCUACUCGGUUGCUUUCCCUUUUAACUAAGCUGAAACGAACCUCCGAGAAAGACAAAGCUAUCUCCUUUAACUCCUGGAGUAAGACCCCAAAUCUGGAAGCACCUCUAGACGAGUUUGAAAGGUUUGAAAAAAUCGCUGCACAGUCUCCUUCAAUAAUUAUUGGCAUAUUAACCCAUGUUUUAGCAAUCCGCACACCUUCCGCACAGGCUAGGAUCUCAGCCUCCUUCGCUUCAACACACGGAAAUCGGAAAUCGGAUAUAAUUGUGAGCCACAUGAUAAAUGAAAGAGUUAUCAUCAUCUCCCAACCACAUCUGCCACCCUUGUUUGCCACAUGAUAAAUUCAACUACAUUAUGAACACAAUUGAAGUACACAAGUUACUAAAGGCUAUGUACAGAAGGUAAAUUAAAUUAAAAUUUAAAAACAUUGAGUUUCAAAACAAAGGAGUUAUGCAUUUAUUCUUUCCAACCCAAGCCUUCCAUUUCUCUUUCACCACUGUUUACUACCUUUUUCUUCGACUUAGAUUAGAAUCAAAUCACUCAACAAGAAUACUACCAUUAGGACGUCUCUGAUUCUCUCCACUUUCAUUUCCCUAGAAAAAUGAUGUAUGGUUUGGCUCAUAAGUUCUCUGCAUUCAGUUCAAGAUACUUCAAAAUGUUUACUGGUUACCGUAACCAUGCCAAUUGAUGACAUUGGAUUUAAAACAUUGUAUUUUAGUUCUGAUCUAGGUUUUAAUAAAUACUCUUGGGUUUUAACUAAUUGACUCUUCAAAUAUGGAAAGUCAUGGGUGGUUUGUUUUUGUGUAAUCCUUAUUUUUUGGGUAUAUCAUAACUACUUUUAGUUUUGAUCAGGUUCUCCGAUUUUCAAUCAUUAUGAGGUUAUCACAAAGAUGCACAUGAAAAUCCCCGGGUUCGCUUCACACACAGAUAACAUUGCAGAAAUGACUCUGGAAUUAGUUAAGCCAAUGCAUUCAAUUUUUGUCUCAUGAUUUGGAUAUGUAAGGCUUCUGCUCACAACUCACAAGCUUCUGGCGAAGAAACUUUCACAAUUUCUUCAUUCACUAGGGGAAUUUCAUUGGUUGGGGGGCAAUCUCAUACUUCACUAUCUAAAUGCACUCUUUAGCAUGGGCUUGUACUUCGUCGUGGUGUUCGCCGGAUCCUCAUGGCUUUUGCAGACUUUGAUUGGGACCCGUCACCUGAAAACAGCAGGUCCACUACAGCAUAUGUUGUAUGCUAUUCUAGUGUUAUCUCUUAAAGAUCACAAAACAACAUUGUGUUGAGUUCAUGAAGCAGAACAUCGUGUGAUGGAAAAUGCAGCAUCAAGAACUUACUUGAUUUAGAACCUCCUUUGUGACCUUAGUUUUGGUCAUCACUAUGUUCUGUGAUCAUCUUGGGCAAACCUAUGAAGCAUGCUGCUUUGAAUUGUUUUCUUUCUGUGAGAUAACGAGUCAUGGACCACUCACUUGCUGUUCAAUUCUUAAGCACCAAAGACUCAAUUGCUGCUGUUCAAACUUUAAACCAAGCAAUAAGGGAGUGCUUAGGUCUCCUUUCAUUCCAAGCUUGGUGUCUCCAACGAAUCCUACAUCUUGCCAGGAUGUGUUAGAUAUUAUUCAAUAAUUUGUCGAUAUGAUUCCUCAAUCAUCCUUACCAAUUUGUUGGUUGUUGUUGUUGUUGUAUUAAUGUAAAAGUCUAACCCUUUUUACUAGAUAGUUUGUUCAGCCUGUUGUACACUGUACACAUCAUCACAUGUAAAGCAGUAUAUAAUGAUUCCGUUUACAUGUAUCUGAAUGUAUGCAUUUUCAGCUAUUUACAAA